AUGGGAAAUAAAGUAAGCCACAGAAGUACUGUUGAAGCUGAAUUUGCAGUUACUAAGGAGAAUGACGAUGAGACUAAAAAUGAGAGUGAAUCUGAACUUAAACAGGAUCCUCUAUUUGAAAAUCUUAAAAAGAACAUCGAAGAAAGAAAUAAAUUGGGUAUUCUCAAACAAAUUAAGGAAGUAAUAAAACAAGAAAGAGUAGAAGAUAUAAAUCAAAUGGUACAAAGUGAUUAUAACAGAGAGACACUUUUACAUAUUACUAUCAAAAAUGUAGACAUUGGUGACCUAUCUUGUGUCGAAGACCUCCUGGCAAAAAAUGCAGAAUUAGUGGUCACACCACGAGAUAACAGCGAUUAUAAUGGCCAAACAGCUCUACAUGUUGCCAUUGUGAUAGGGAAUUUUGAAGUUGUUAAAAUUCUUUUAGAUUUUGCCGAGGCCAAGGAUAUGACAGGAGAUUUAUUAAACAUUUGUGCUAAUGGAAGCCGAUUUAAGAACACGGCUCUAAUGGGACAGCUCCCAUUAUCAGUAGCUGCUCUCGUGAUGAAAGAAAACGAUUCCAACUCUAAAAGAAUUAUCGAUGUUAUACUGGAGAAAAAGGCUAGUCUCUGUGCACAAAAUACGCAUGGCGACACUGUAUUUCAUUCUUUGAUCAAAUAUGGGGAUAUUUAUCCAGAGAAAAUUUGCCAUGUCAAACGCGCCUUUAAGUAUCUGCGAGAAAAAUAUGAAGAAUUGAAGGAUCCCAUAAUCGAAGACAUUUUAUUCUGUGAAAAUAAUGAAGGACUGACUCCACUUCAACUCUCUGCCAAGCUCGGAGUCGGAGAAAUUUUUGCGUGCAUCAUUGAAGUUCCACAAGUCUAUCGUUUCCAAAACACCCAGGAUGGUCUUUUUGACAUUCGAGUAUACGAUGUAACGGAAUUUGACAGAAUGAUUAUGUAUAUUGAUAGAAAAGAUAAUUCGGAAUGGAAUCCAUCAGAAAUUACGAUACUGGAAAGAUUAUUCGAUGAACACUGUACUCACAAAGAAGCAUUUCAAAUUCUUAAUCUAAAAUUGGUGCAAUUCAUUCUUCAGAAAAAAUGGAAAACAUAUAGGGUACCAUUAUUUAUCUGGCUAGUGAUGCAUCUUUCAUUCAUUUCUAUCUCAACACUGGCAACGGUGCAAAAAUCUACAGCUUUGGUCUGCUCCAUAGAAAACCAAAAUAAUUGUGAGCUGCAAGAAGAUUUUUAUCCAAUAGGAAUUAUGUUUCUAUUGGUUGGAAUGAUUUACUUUGUCUUUUCUUCUCUUAUUUUCCAUAAGUUGCUACUACGUUGCUACUUCGGUGGUUUUGGAUUAAUUUGGCACAAUCUCGACUACAUUAUUUGUUUGACUGUUGUGUCUUUCGGGGCUAUAAUUGAAUCUGUUCUCACUUUCCUUCGGUUGCACUGGGACUAUCACUUGGUAUGCAUCUUGUUGUGUGGAUGGUAUUUUAUGCUGUACUUUUCUCCAUUUCAUAAAAACUUCGUUUCUUUUACAUACAUGUUAAAAGCAGGUUUGGUUAAGGACUUCUUACCCUUUUCCUUCGUAUUUAUCUUUCUUUUAAUGUCAUUUACUACUGUAAUGCAUAUACUAUUCCAUGGAACAGAAGAAGAUCCAGAAGAAUUCAACACUUUUAGGGAUUCUCUUUUCACAAUGUUUAAGCUCGGAGUUGCCCUUGAUGACAUCGGUGUACUAAGUCAGUCAAGAAUCCCAUGGCUUGCCUAUACAAUGUUUGUGCUCUUUGCAAUUCUUUCCUUCAUUCACAUUCUAAAUGCUCUCAUAGCAAUCAUGUCUCAAACUUUUUCAGAUGUACAUCAACAAAAACACUUAUACCUUCAGUACCAAAAAUUGUGUAUGAUUGAGUUGUUUGAAGAUAUCAUAAUAACUCCUUAUUUAGAAAAGGUUGUACCUUGUAUAUACAAAGCAAAACAUUGGACUCGGAAAAUGAGAGGUAAUGGUCAACCACGAUAUUUUACAACUGUCCAUUCCUUGGAUGAUUCUUACUACAACAGGAGUGAAAAAGAGGAGAUAAAGAAGACCUCUAAUCAGGAUAUGGAAACAAUUAUUGACUUCAUACAAACCAGUCGUAAUUUACCCACAAACCAAACAGGAUCCAUCGAAAAAGAUGUUACAUAUAUUCAAACGGUGGAAAAAAGGGACAAAUCAUUUCAAAUCCCACAUGUGAAAAGUUCUUCUGCAUGGGUUCAAUUAAAGUAG